AGUGUCGCUCUUUGUCCAUCAGUUAUUGUCGUUGAAUUGCCCUUUUUGUUCAUUUGAUCAGCUUGUACUUUACACCCCUUGUACUUUACACCCUUUGACCACUUUUCUCGCGAAAGUUGACCUUUGAACUCUCACUCGAACUUGUGAAUUUGAAAAACAAGCCGCAGACCCUCCCUUGUGUUCCAUCUUUAACCCACCACGAUGAAGCUGAUGGAACUGAUCGGAGAACCUGUCGAGUUGACCCCGAGAUCCUCAUACCCUCCAACUAAUCUAGAUAUCCUGAAACACAUUACCUUUAAGAGGCGACAAUUCAGGAAGUCUGUCUACCCUGGCUCUCACUUGUUUCUGAGUAUCUCGGAGGAGCUUAUGAGCAUGUGUCCUGGAGACAUCUCUCCUUAUCCUAAACUUUAUAUUUUCUUGAAAAUAGAUCGUCUAGAAAAGAAGCUUCAGAACAUAAAGAAGUUACCCGACAUUGGCAGACCAGCUGCACUACGAUUCAUAGAGGAGCUCAGCAAACCAUUCACUGUCGGGAGAACAGGACAAACUGCAGCUCGAAGUGGACAUUCUGCUAAGAGAACGAAACGGUGAUGAUGGUCAAAUUAUGGAAAAGAGGUUUUCUAAAUGACCAAGCAUUGGAUGAACUGUCCAGAAAACACGAUUUUUUCUACCCCGAAAGAGCGAUUUCUGACAAUGAAAAUAUACUAGGAUUAGAAACUAGAAGAUGCCUCGCUCUAAUCUCAUAGAUUAAAUAAGGAAUACAGAUAAUGAUAUGUACUACAUGUCUCGGUAUUAUUCAGUUUUAACAGAAUACAGUUGUUCUUUCAUAGUUGGAUGAUAUGUUUCACUUCUAUUUGUUCCAUAUUAGUUAUUAUAUCUAACACCGUAAAGCUAAAGCUUUCUUUUGACUGUCGUCGAAUCAUAUUAAUUUUCCAACCUUUAUUGAAAGCUGUACAUAAAAUUCUUCUAGUUCCAAUUCCGAAACCAAGUAAUCAAUAUUGCCAUCGAAGGUUUCCUUUUUGGAUAAUCUUGUUCUUGUGACCUGUAGCUAUAUUUGUCAAAUUGGUUCGUAAGAUUAAAGUUUAUCCGAAUAAAUGCAGAGUAUUUUCUUGUCGAGUAUUUUCUUGUCGAGUACUAAUGAUUAACCAGGUCCACAGCUUGGAACAUCACUUACCAGCGGGCUGAUUGUAGAAUGUUGUGACAUGAAUCCGUAUUAUUUUAUGAAAAUGGGUCAGUUGUAAAGUGAUCUCAAAGAGGCCAGUUGAAGUUCGCUGCAAUGUAAAGUUUUAAUACUUUCAACACUACUAUAUAACAAAUAAUUUGAG